AUGGUAGGUUCGAUCUCGACCUCGUGGCUCUUGUCAUCUCCUUCGAAUUCGAAAUCGGUUUCGGGCUCAGACUCCUUCUCUUUCCUGGCCACCUUAAAACCAUUCCGGUAUUAUCCAUUUCAAUCACGGAGCCAAGAUCGGAUUUCACCGAGAUCUCCGUUUCAAUCGAUACAGAUUCGAGCUGGAAUCCGCGAGUUGCGAGAACGAAUCGACAGUGUGAAGAACACGCAGAAGAUAACGGAGGCAAUGAAACUGGUGGCGGCGGCUAGGGUUCGUCGAGCUCAAGAAGCAGUCAUCAAUUGUAGACCUUUCACCGAAACACUCGUCGGGGUUCUCCACUCGAUCAACCAGUGCGCUCAGUUGGAAGAUAUCGACUUUCCUCUGAGCAUCGUUAGACCCGUGAAGAGAGUUGCCUUGGUUGUUGUCACUGGUGACAAAGGCUUGUGUGGUGGUUUCAACAAUGCAGUGAUCAAGAAGGCUAAUCUACGGGUUCAAGAGCUGAAGCAAAGAGGAAUCAGCUGUGUUUUGAUCAGCGUUGGUAAGAAAGGGAAUGCGUAUUUUAGUCGGAGAGACGAUGUCGACGUGGACAAAUUUAUCGAAGGAGGAGGGGUUUUCCCGACGGCAAAAGAAGCUCAGGUUAUUGCAGAUGAUGUGUUUUCCUUGUUUGUGAGCGAAGAGGUGGAUAAAGUCGAGCUUGUCUACACAAAGUUUGUGUCUUUGGUGAAAUCUGAUCCUGUGAUCCACACUCUGUUGCCACUGUCGAUGAAAGGAGAGUCUUGUGAUGUGAAAGGAGAGUGUGUCGACGCUAUGGAGGAUGAGAUGUUUAGGCUAACGAGCAAAGACGGGAAACUAGCUGUGGAAAGGACGAAGCUUGAAGCUGAGAAACCUGAGAUUUCUCCAUUGAUGCAGUUUGAGCAAGACCCUGUUCAGAUUCUUGAUGCGAUGAUGCCUUUGUAUUUGAACAGUCAGAUUUUAAGGGCACUGCAGGAGUCUUUAGCGAGCGAGCUCGCGUCGAGGAUGAGCGCGAUGAGUAAUGCGACUGAUAACGCGGUUGAGUUGAAGAAGAAUCUGACGGUGGCUUACAAUCGUCAGAGACAGGCUAAGAUCACUGGGGAGUUGCUGGAGAUUGUGGCAGGAGCCGAGGCGCUUCGUGGGUCUUAG